GACGCUGACGAGAAGCGUUCGAGUUUGCUUUUAGACGAUGCUUCGCGAUUAAACGUUGCAUUGACACGGGCCAAGUGCAAGCUUGUUCUUAUUGGCUGCGCCGGGGCGGAGCACUGCAGGUCAAAUGAAGCCAAGCUCAACACAGAAGACAGUGUUUUGGAGCAAAUGCUCACUGUACUACAAGGAAUGUCUGCCAUUGUGCCUGUUUCUUCACUGUAA